AUGUACAAUAUCAUGACAACCAACAUCGCGGAUUCUCUGAAUUCGAUGUUAAACUUGGCUCGUGAGAUGCCAAUAAUGUCUCUGGAUGAGACCAUUAGGUUAACUCUCACAACAUGGUUUCAUGAACGUCGGGAAAAAGCUCUUAAACACAAAACGCUUGUCACACCACGCGUAGCGAAGAUCAUGUUAGAGAGAUACAAUGCUGCAAUGAAACUUGAUGUUUUCCAAGUAGAUCGGUAUAAGUUUGAAGUAAAGGACGAGACUCAGAAGUACAUUGUUCAUCUGCAAAACAAACAGUGCACUUGUCUCGUUUUUGACAUCGACAGAAUCCCCUGUGUCCACGCUAUUGCUGCAGCUAAACGUACAAACAAGGACGAGAACAAGUAUGUGGAUCAGGCUUACUUGAUGGAAACCUGGGCUAAAGCAUAUGCUGAGAGCAUACACCCAUGUGGAGAUUUGAAAAAUUGUGAUUUCCCAGAUACUGUAGUAGUAAGUUCAUGCGCACCACCAACUUGUAAGCAAACCAGUGGGAGACCUCCGACAAAGAGAAAGAGAUCAGUGGGAGAGUUUGGUGUACCCGGUUCAAAAUCCCAAUGA